AUGGCAGAGAGCACCGUUGGAGGCCAGCAUUUUGAGCAUUUAGUUGAGUACGCGUUGGCCGUGUGCAGAGAGUGCCAACACGGCGUUUUGCCCAGCCAUAUUAAGAGCCAUGUGCAGCGGGCCCAUCCCGCCAAGCGGAAGCAAGCCAAAGCCAUAGCAGAGGAAUUGCCCGUGUACAAGGACGGAUUAAUGUGCCAGGUUGACCCCAACCAUUGCCACCGAAUAUUCAGAAAACCAGAAGGUAUAAGGAAGCAUUGGCGAGACGUCCACAGUUGGUCGGCAGCAGGGAAGGGCGGACACCCAACCCGAGAGAAGCAGAAGGAGAUACAAGAGCGUAUCAGCCAGCAUUGCAAGAAAGUGCAUUGCCAGCGGUUGUUAGUGCAAGGCCAGGGAUCGCAGUAUUUCCAGGUCCACGAGCCCGACGAAAAUAACCCCAAUGUGGUACCCGUCAACAGCGAGGCCGCAUGGGCGCAGGUGGGCGAGCAGAUGGCCAGGGCGUGGGAGACCAUCGAAAAACGAGCGCAAACAACCAUCCAGGAGGGCGAGCGCGACGAGGUGAACCCAUGGUUGGAGCGGACGCAGUGGUUGCCGUAUUUGGUGGGCAUAGAGCGUCCGGAUUUGUUGGCAUGUAUUGAGGAGCCCGUGGCGGAGCCGGAUGCCAGACAGGAGCAGCAAGCCGAGCCGGUCGAAGCAGCAAUCUGGGCAGCCAUGGACGGGUUGGCGCGGUUCAGCCAGGCGUCCGUUAUUGACCAAAUUGGCGUGUUUCCAUUACAGCCGUAUAUGGAUAAAGACGCCGUUGUGAAGCACGUACGGCCGUGGCAGCAGAUGUUGAUGUUUUUUGCACGCACGCAGAAGGAGCACGCGUGGAAGAGCCCCAAGUAUCGGUUCACGCGGCGGCAGCGAGAGGCAUGGGAGGCGUUGAUGGAAGAAGCAGAACGGGAGGUAGACGGAGAGGAGGGGCACGAAGAGGAGAUGGGCGAGGCGAGAGAAGAGCUGGACGAGGAGAUGAUGGACGAGGAGAUGAUGGACGAGGGAGAUGAGGCGAUGGAGGUAGCUGAGGAAGAGCCAGGUCAGGGAGAAGGCUCCAGGCCUAAGAAGUUGUCCAAGAUACAAAAAGCGUGUUUAGAGUUUUGUAUUGCGUUGCUCAACAACCGCAUUACCCGUAGAGAGUACGACAGCCCGCUGGUGUGCGCGUUAGCGGUGCUAGGCGUCAAGGAGGACGGAUGGAAGGGGCCAGAGCAGUACCCGCCGAUAUUGUCGGCGGUGAUCAAGAUCGCUCGGUUUAUGGUCGUGCAGAAGGGACUAGAGAUGUCAGGGCCCGACGAGGAUAGCGGCGAUGAGACGGACGACGACUUGGAUGACAGCGCGUACGAGAGCGGGCCGAGCCAGCGACGGCGUCCCAAGGGGUGUUUGCAGUUAGUGCAGAGGAUGAUGGACCGGUUUAUAGUGCGCGGCAGCCAUAGCCCCAUGCAGUGGAUGUUGGAUUUGCGGACGUAUGGAUUAAAGAUCCAUUACAACACUACAACCCGCGGGCAUGUAGAGUGGACGAACGGCGACGAGCUGCUGUACAAAGAGCUGCAUUUUAGCAUGGCGCAGUUCCGCGGCAUGGUACAUGGGCUGGCUAGCGAGAGCCGGCGAUUAUUAACAGAGGAGUUAAUGUUUAGCAGCAAGGCAGCGCCGGUGCCGGCAGUGCCAUGGGAGAGCAUACGUGAUAACCCAACCGAUGAGCGGCCAGGAUGGAACUUUUUGAAGGAUCAUCGCACGCGCAUGCCCGUCGACGGCGAGAGGUGGUUAUUUGAGCGGGUAGGUAAGAGCGCCAGCAUCCGGAGUCGGUUCAUGAAGCCCGGGACGCAGUCAGGGGUAGACCGACAGGCAGUGGAGCGGUACAUGGACCGGGUGGUAGAAUUUCGCGAGAAGCUGGCGGUGUUGAUGCAUAUGACGGGCGGGCAGCCAGCGCGAGGGCCGGAGCUACUGAGCGUACGGCAUAGCAACACAGUGCAAGGGGGGCAUCGCAAUAUAUUCAUCGAGGACGGCAUGGUAGUGUUUGUGACGCGGUACCACAAGGGAUACAAAGUCAGCGGCGACGUCAAGAUUAUCCAUCGAUAUUUGCCGCGCGAGGUGGGCGAGCUAGUAGUGUGGUACAUGUGGCUGGUGUUGCCGUUCCAGCAGCGGCUCGAGGCGUUGGUGUGGGAGAAGGAGGCAGUUUCGUCGCAUAUGUGGCCAGCAGACCCCAGCGGCCGCAAGUGGACGACCGAUCGGCUGCGGGAGGCGUUGAAGCGCGAGAGCCGGAUCGCGAUGGGCCAGGAGUGGACGUUUGCCGGGUACCGGGAGAUGGCGAUUGGCAUCAGCCGGCGGUUUUUGCGUGGAUCGACAGCGUUCCAGGCAGAUGAGGGCGAGGAGAACAAGGAGUGGGCUGAGGAGCAGGCAGGAGAUUCGAUUGCCGACGAGCAGGCGGGCCAUACGUCGCACGUGGCGGGACUGGUAUACGCGCGAGGGAUCAUGGAGCAGUCAGGGGCCGUGGCGGAUAGGCGGCAGCAGUUCCGGGCAUCGAGCACGGAUUGGCAUAGAUUUUUGGGCUUCCAGGCAGGCGUGGACGACCAGAGAAGAAGCAGCAAGCGGAAGAGAGCGCCGUUUGAGAGCGAGGCAGACGAGGCAAGGGUGGAUCGGUGGCAGCGGCUAAGAAAAAUGGACGCGAGAGCGCAGCUGAAGCGCAUGAUGGGCGAGGAGGCCGAGUUCCGGGGCGUGCAGGAGGCAGCGAUCAAAGCCAUCACAGCAGGCGAGAGUCCCGUAGUAGCGGUGAUGCCGACGGGGGCAGGCAAGAGCUUGUUGUUCAUGUUGCCGGCGUGGGCAGAGCAGGGCGGCACGACGGUGGUGGUAGUGCCGUUGAUCGCGUUGCGUGGCGACAUGGCACAGCGGUGCAAGAAGCUAGGGAUAUCGUGCGUAGAGUGGCAGAGUCGGCGUCCGCCAGACGCAGCAGCGGUGGUGUUAGUGACGCCCGAGUCGGCAGUUGGAGAGGAAUUUGCAACGUUUUUGAACCGGCUACGAGCGACGCGGCAGCUAGAUCGGAUUAUUAUUAACGAGUGCCAUAUCGUGUUAAACCGGCAGUACACGUUCCGCAAGCAGAUGCAGCAGCUAGGCAAGCUGGUGGCUGUAGAGACGCAGAUGUUCAUGUUGACAGCAACGUUGCCACCCAGCGAGGAGGACGAGUUAUUCCGGCGAAUGCAUUUUGAGCGUGGGCAGGUAAGAAUGUUUAGGGCACCGACAGCACGGAGCAACAUAGCGUACCGGGUGGUAAGGGUAGAGAAGGAGAGGAAGAGACAGGAGGUAGAGGCAACGGUGUUGGCGAUGGUACAGCAGAAGGUCCGAAAGUAUAAGAGCGGCAAGAUUGUAGUGUACGGCAACUCAGUGCCAAAGGUCAAGGGGUUAGCCGAGAAGCUCAAGUGCCAUGCCAGCGGGUGA